UUUUAUUUCGUUUUGCAUCGAUUAAAACGUGUUUGUUUGCGUUUGCAACAACUUUUUCCACCGUGUCCCCCACCGGCGUGUGUGCGAAAAAGUCUUUGCAACGUUCCAAACAACACGUCGAUAAGUACGGCCGCAAAAAUUCCUAAAUCCGUGGCAGCCAGUAAACUGCAGCGCCUCAAAGCCAAAGCGGCUGCAAGUCAACAUUACGGCGGCAGUUAUCGUAAGUCCGGCAACGGCAUCAGUGUUGGCGGUGGCGGCGGCGGCGGCGGCGGUGGAGGUGGUGGUGGCGUCGGCGGCGUAGGCAGCGGCAGCGGCAGCGCAGCUGGCAGUGAUCUAGCUAAUUUUACAACUACAAGCGGCUACAAUUAUCAACGCGGUGGCGCUGCAGAGGAGCGUAGCUUUGCUGCAACAGCGGCGACGUCGGCGUUGGCGUUGGCGUCUUCAACUGCCGACACUGUUGGCGACAAGUCAUAUCAAUUUAACAACAACAACAUCAACACUAGCAACAACAACAAUUAUCAAAAGUCAAACUACACCAGUGCCAAUUACAAUAAUCAGAAUCCAACAACCAACCACCUGCCUUACCAGCCUACACCAUACUCCUCCCACAACAACAACAACAACAACAUUAACAACGGCAACGGGGGAACGAUGAUGAUGACCAAACAGAAGCCAACGCUUACCGAACGCCUCAACAUCGGUGGGGAUGAGGUACGCGAGCUUAAGUUGGGUGCCACAUUCAAUCCAAAAAAUACAGCGACCGCAUUUCACACAAUUAAAUAUGACUUUAAGCCAGCCAGUGUGGAUACGAGCCGAAUGGCAACUGUGGAUGUUGGCUCCAAUAAUCAAGUUACUGUUACCGUGCCAAAUUUAGAAAGUUCCGGUGUGCCUCAAACAGUUUAUAAGGGUAAUCACAAAAAAUAUACAAAAGAAUGCCUAAUCAUAUUCGACAAGGAAACGGGUGCUAUCACACUAGAGAAGCUAAACCACAAUAUACAAGUGAAGAAGACAAGAAGCGAAAUGACAAACAAGCCAAGCUUGAUGCCUGCUACAAAUGCUGCACCCAUGUCCUCUGGCCCGAAUGGUGUGCCAAUGCCGUCCGGGGCAAUGGCUGGUACGGGAUCUGGCCCUAAACUGGAGAACAGCACCAUGCGCAUAACAUCGAAGACGAAAGUGUCGACGGGCAGUCGCCGGAACAACAUAAUUGAUUUUAAGCCACGCAAUUCGCCCAUGCAGCAGAGCUCACCAUCACGUCCAGUUGCCUCACACCGCAGUCCGCAAUCGGCGCCGGCCUGGCAUGCCAACAAUGCCCAGCAAACGUUGCCCAGCAUACCUAUGAUAAUGGACGAUGAUGACUUUGGCUUGAGUGCAGCGCUGCACAAUGGCGGCGGCGGCGGCGGCGGCCAGGCGAACAUCUCGGGCUCCUCCACAGGCUCGUCAGUUGGCCAGCCGGACUAUGGCUCAGUGAACAUGGGAAAGCAACGGCAGGCGUCGAGCCAAGGUCACGCCAAGCGGCAGCAGCAGACGCAACGUUCAAGUCCGCCCAUGCAGCAGCAGCAGCAGCAACAGAAUUAUGGACGUGGCGGCGCCAACAACAACUACGCACAACAGCUGCACCAGCAACAACAGCAGCAGCAACAGCAACAACUGCAGCAGCAACAACAGCAAAUGCAGCAGCGCGCCUCAUUUAGCCAUAGCAAUCAUAGCAAUAGUAUGCCCCUGGAUUUGGAUUCGCCCACUCAUCAUGAGCAGGCGGCGCAGUCUAUGGCCCAGGCAGCCGCCGUGCUGGAACAGCAAAUUGGCGGCGAACUGAGUGCAUCCAGCUCGAGCUCCGAGUCCGAAUCCAGCGACAGUGACAGUGGCAGCGAUUCUGAUGACAGCACCGAGGAUGACCGUUCCACGCACCAGCAGCAGCAGCCGCCCGGGCAGCUAUCGCAACAUCAUCAUCAUCAUAUGCAACAGCAGCAACACAUGCAUCAGCUGCCUAAUCUGGGACUGGGCUCUAUAUCGCCCACAUAUAAUAGUCAUCAACAUCAUCAACAACAACAACAGCAACACCAACAGCAGCAGCAGCAGCAGUCGCAUCAUCAUCAUCACCAACAGCAGCAGCAACAGUCCAGCAUUUAUGCAUCCAAUGGUGGCUUCCCCAAUGACUUGCUACAAAACGAUCUGCAAUUGUCCUCAAAUUCGUCCGACGAUGAUGAUUAGCCUUUUUUAAAUAGUAAACCAUUUAGUUGUAAUCUAUAUAUUGCCUUCUUUGUGGACUACUUUAAACAACAGCAACCAACGACCAUAAGCAAAUAUCAACAAAAAUCAUUAUGUAGUGAAAAGGAAAAACCAAUAUUAAUUAUUGAUAUUCA